AUGUUUGCUCUCUUUACCUUAGAUGCUGAAGGCCAAGAAGUUUAUGGAUCAAGAGUUGUCACUACUAAUAGGGGUCAAGUAGGACCCCUGAAGUUUGCAAUGUCAGCACCUCCAGAGGGGAUAGUUCGUUAUAAGAAAGGCGAUUGGGAUGAAUUAUUCAUAGAUUGGCUUGAUGAUUGUCUUAUCAGGGACGAAAUUGUUGGUAGACCAUGCAACUUUGACAAAGGAUUGAAUUUGGCUACAAUUUUCCUUUACGAAGUUUAUGAUUACCAGUAUAUUGAAGUGACAGAUGGCAUCUAUGUGUACAUGGUUUUCUUCACCGAUGCCUGCCAAUUCCCCCCACCAAAAUCAGCUCAUCUCACAACCGACAACACUACUCUCAUAUCAGAUGUGACAAUUAAACUGAACAAGGGAGUGAACAGUUUCGUGACUUACAAAUGGGGUACAAAUGUUAGUUCCGUUGCUAUAACUCUGGACUGGAUGAAUUCAGGCAUUUCUCCUGAGGUCAAUGAAUGUCAAGGUAAGAUUUCCUAA